AUGACGACUCCCAACACGAUCGUCAAGAUUGAGACCUUCCGCGUCCCUCCACGCUGGCUCUUUGUCCGCGUCGAAACAAGUCUCGGCAUCGUCGGCUGGGGCGAAAGCACACUAGAGGGCCACACCGAAGCCGUCGAGGGCGCAUGUGCCGAUCUCGCCUCCCGUUUCGUAGGCUGGGACGCGGAGCGCAUCCAAGAGAUCUGGCAGCACGCGUACCGCGCGAGGUUCUACCGCGGCGGCCCGGUGCUAAUGUCCGCGCUCUCUGGGCUCGACAUCGCGCUCUGGGACAUCAAGGGCAAACGCCUCGGCGUGCCCAUACACAACCUGCUCGGCGGCGCCGUCCGCGCGCGCAUUAAGGUGUACGGCUGGAUCGGGGGCGACCGCCCCGCGGACGUCGUGGAAGGCGCAAGAGCACGGGCCGCGCAAGGCUUCGCGGCCGUCAAGAUGAAUGGCACUGAGGGGCUCGGAUGGGUCGACUCUCCGGACCGGGUCGCGGAAUGCGUCGAGCGCGUGCGCGCGGUGAAGGCGGUGGGGCUCGACGUCGGUGUCGACUUCCACGGGCGCGUGCACAAGGGCGUCGCGAAGGUGCUCGCGCGCGCGCUCGAGGCGGUCGGGCCUCUGUUCAUAGAGGAGCCACUGCUUCCGACACAGCCGGAGGAAAUCGCGGACCUCGCAAAGAUGGUCGCGAUCCCGAUAGCGCUGGGCGAGAGGCUGUAUUCCCGCUUCGACUUCCGCCCAUACCUCGAGCGGCGCGCGCUUGAUAUCGCACAGCCGGACGUAUCGCACUGCGGAGGGAUCAGCGAACUGUACCGGCUGGCCGCGUACACGGAGACGUACGACGUCGCGCUCGCCCCGCACGCGCCACUCGGCCCGAUAUCGCUCGCGGCGUGCAUGCAGGUCGACCUCGUAGCGCAAAACUUCUUCAUUCAAGAAAUGAGCUUGCAGAUGCACUACAACGAGGGCGCAGACCUCUUGACGUACCUCGUUGACCCCUCUGUCUUUGCCAUCAAGGACGGGUACGUCGAGGCGCUGACCGGACCGGGGUUGGGUAUCGACAUCAACGAGCCGCUUGUGCGAGAGAUGGCGGCGAAGCAUGCGGAGGAGAAGCCGUGGCGGAACGCGGUGUUCACAGGCCCAGACGGAGCGCUGCAGGAGUGGUGA